CUAUGCUCGCGCACAAGUGAAUCAUUCUGCCGGCAGCUACAGCCCAAAGAAACUAUCUAACUCAAAACUAGUAAAACAAAUUAUUUGAAUUACAAAAUAAACAAAAAAAAAAUUAAAUGCCAACAUGUCACAAACACCAUCAGUGCGUAUACAAAUGCCGCCAACGAAGCAAUCGGCACGGAUUGCAUUGCGUCCGCCACGUUUAAAUCUCUCCGGUGCCACCAGUCCGACUUCGAAUCAAUUGCAUCCGCCCUUAACCGGUCACCCAUUGGCCACACAUCCACAAACUGGCCUACCGUUAACGGCACAAACCAAAGAAAGCGAACAAUGGCCUUUCUUCUCGGCAUCCGAUUUCGCCAGAGGUUUCUCCGAUUUCGUGGACUUCACCAAGGCGGGCAUGAGUUUUGGCGAGAAGUUCACCUUCGGCCUGUACGAGAAAUUGAGCAAAUGGUCACGAAAAUGGUUUACACAUAUAUUCCUAUUCAUCGUGAUGGUGCUUUUUAGUGCCGGUGGUGCGAUGAUAUUUGUUGUUGUUGAAGCGCCCAAAAGUACUUCAUUAUCAUAUCAAUAAAUAAUGUGAAUUUCGAGUCCCGUAUGCCUCUUGGGCUUAAAAUUAGGAAAUGUAUGCAAGUACGAAUAAAAAUAAGUUCCUUCUACAAUACUAGAGUGCUUAUCUUGCGGGAAAUGAAGCAUUAAAGAUUAGAAGCGAAAAACGUUGCCAACAUUUUGGCGUAUUGACAUUUAAAAUCUUACCGGAAAUGGCAUUUUUUGCUGAAUUCGAGAAAAGAAAUCUGGGAUUUCCCCUAACUUCAGCACAACUUGACGAAAAAAGUCAUAUGUUAACAUGUAUAUUUUAUCAUUAGCUUAUGUGGAUCUAAGCCAUUUUAACAAAUUGGCAAAAUUGUAAAAAGAAGGUUGUUGUAUAUAAGUACGAGUAAAAGCUUUACAUACAAAAAUACAAGAG